AAUAAAAAGCACCCUAUAGUUACACCAACACUGAUCUUUUUUGAAUAGCACUCCUCCUUUGUUAGAUACGCCGUUUUCCUAUUGAUUGCAAACGGAGCAAAUAACGCAUGAGCGCAAGUUUUCAUGCGCACUGAAUUCUUCAUUUUCCUGGUCGAUUGCGGUUUUCCACUUAGUUUUUCAGCUGAUCACGGUUUCCGCAGCCGCAUCGCAGACUGUCCGCGCCGUGUGUCAUGUGCGAAGUUGUCGCAGCUUUGUGAAAUAGCUGUGUGAUUGUGUUGUGUAGUUAGUAGCUAGUGUCAGUGAUAAUGUUUUCAGGGCUUACGAAUCAGGUCAGUUCGUGGAUGGGGGCUGCUAAGGGUGAGCCCCAAGAUGAGGAGGUCCCCACUCCCACCAAGGACGCGACGGCAGAAGCAGCAGCCGCAGAAGGGGAAAAACAGAGCCCAACAAAGGGUGGGAGCAAACUGGACCUCAUUACCAAUGUAAAGUCACAGAUGACAGGAUGGCUCGGCUCCGGAAUCCCCAUUCCUGGACUGAGGAAAAACGAGGCUGCCCCCACAGAGACUGCUGAACCCCCAGCAGAGCCCGUGGUCACAGAACCCAAGGCCGAGGGGAAAGACGAUGAUGACAAUUCUAGGUAUAAUAGUGCGACUGGAGGGGCGGAUAGCAGGCCAGCGUCCACUGGGGGCACCCCCACUGAGGAGCAGCCGGGAGGCGUCGGGAAUGAUUCCAACAAAAAAUAUUUUUCAGUCGAUUCUAUUGAAGUACCUGACAUGCAAGAGUUGACAACAAAAGCGGUCGCCGGCGCGAAGUCCCUAGGGAACUUUCUGUAUUCUGCCGUGAAUAAAGCCGGGGCGAAGGUCAGCGAGGCCAGUGCCAAGAUCAAGAAGACCGUGGAGGAGAACAGCAUCCUGGGAGAGUUCAACAAGGAGCAGGAUGCCUUCAUCAAGGGCCAGGAGGGGAAUGUUGGACCCACCGUGCCUCCGUGGGUCGGAGCGCCCAACGAGGCUGCCUUGAAGGACGAGUGCCUCUCUUUGUCUACUGACCGGCGGAACUUCGUGCGAGCCCCGCCGGCCGGCGUGGAGUUCGACUUCGACUACGACAAGAUGUACCCUGUGGCUGUGGCCAUCAUGGCCGAAGAUCCCAACCUGGAGAAGAUGCGCUUCGACCUCGUGCCAAAAAUCAUCACAGAAGAGAACUUCUGGCGGAACUAUUUCUACCGCCUCUCUCUCAUCUGCCAGGCCAACGAGGCUGACGCGGCUGCUUCACGCCAGGCCAGCGCUGACGAUUCCCAGGACGAUGAUAAAUCUUCAAGUGAAUCAGUAGCGAAAGAGAAAUCGUCGCAGGAGUCGAUUGACGACGCCAAGAAACGCAUUAAGUCGUUGAAAGUCGAUAGAGAAAACGAUGAUGCUUAAACGAGACACGGACAACUGAAGGCGCGAAAUCUGCUUUCACUAUCUUAAUAACACCACGAUUUUGUAAUUCUAUACAUCAUACACCAAUGACACCUCAACAUCUAUUCUUUAACAUCUCCUUUGGAAAAUAUUACUGUAAUUCCUGGCAUAAAUGAUCUGCACUUAAGAUUUUAUAAUGUUUGUGUGAAUUAUGUAUAGAAUUAUAACUUAUAUCUAGUCGAUACGAAGCUUGAGUUAAGCGGAAUGUACGCUGUUCCACGAGUCCCUUUGCUGCAAAUAUUGUUUCGUUCUUGAUGAAAUAAUGCCAUAUUAUAAUUUUUUUAUGAUAUGGAGUUUCAAAGUGGAUACGCACAUAUACUGAUUAUAUGUUAAUGACAAAUUAUAAAUUUGUUUCCAAUGUUUUAUCGGUUUUUAUUCAUUUAGUGUUAUGAUGAUUUGGAUUGGAUUUGAUGGAAUAUUAAAAAUGCUUCAUAUGUUGCAAUUAGAAUCAAUAAUAAAUAUAUUUCGUUUAUUUGGAUGACAUAUUAGUUUUAGUGGCGAACGUUUGUGGCAUUAUUAUGUCAAGCACAUUCACUCUCUCACUGUUAAUCCUAUCACCCACUUUUCGAUAUCAGUUAAAGAGUUAAAGUAUGUAUAAAAUCUAUCGCUGUUUUGUUAAACUAAAUAUUUAUGACUUAUAUAUCACUACGAUGUCAUAUCUCAUCCUUGUUGUUAAUUCGUGUGUCGUAUAUAAAUAAAAAUAAUGUUAUGACAAUAUAGCUUCUUUGUCCUAUAUAAUAAUAUAAAUUGUAUAUAUUACCUCAAAUUUGUUUAACCUGUUGUUUGCCACUGAUGCUAUCGGUCUGUAUUUCAAUAGCAUUUCUAAUAUUGUAUAGAGAUCACGUUCUCUAUUUAGAUGGAAUUUUAAUAAUAUAUCACAAGCUAUUGAAGGAUAGUCCACUGCGAUUGAAUUAUAUACUUAUCUUCAAUCAAGUAAAUUUUCUCAAUGGAACGUAUUUUAAUGUCUACUGAAUGUUAUAUAUGUCUAAGUAUUGAUUAAGGUUAUAAUAGCUAUAACGUCACACAGUUCAUUACAAUUCGGCUCAGUAGAUUAAUUAUAAGUAUCAGUUGUUCUGGUUUUGACAUUGCUACUACGAUUUUGAAAUUCCUUCUUUAGCUUUGAAAUUUAUCUGCUUGCAAUCUGUGCAUUUUGGUUGACUUUUCUAAGCUUACACGUUUCUCAAAGUUGGUUAUUGUGAUUUACCAGAUAUUUCGUUUGGUCCUUCUUUUUUACGUUGCGUAGCAAUGUUGAAACCCACCUUGUGUAAAUAAACUGUGUUGUCAGACUUUCUCCAAGUAUUCACAUGAAAUGAUUAAAGUUAUUUCUUGUCAUAAUUUUUUUAAAGUUUAUUUUAUUGUAGCCGCGACAUAUCACUUAUGGGUGACAGUCAAUUAAAUGCCCUCAACUGCCGUCUGGUCUCAGGGAUAUUUAGAAUCUUUACGCUGGCAACACAAUACUAUCUUCCCUUUUGUUUUGUAAUUAUUUACAAUUUAGAUUAGAGAGUUGAUAUUAUACUCUGAGGAAAUACUCCAGUGUUAUAAAUUUGUGUAGACUUAUAGUUGGUAAUGAAGUAAACUCAUUUAUAAUGAUAUAGGUAUUCGAGGGGGCGGAAACGACAAGUGAUAACAUACUGGCCUAGUACGAUGUUAACAAUUUAUUUGCUCUCAACUCUUAUGUUAGUUUGGACAGAAACGAAGCAAUAAUAGCAAGAAAUGUUUCUGAUCAUUAUGCCUCUCGUAAGAUAUUCGAUGUUUUGUAGUAUAUAUAUAUUUAAAACUGUUUGUAACUAUAUAUUUAAAAUCAAACUAAAUAAUCUGGCUAUAAUAUGUCACAUUAAUAAUUCCUUUAAUAGUAAAUGUACUUGAAAAGCAUGAAAUGUCGACAGAUUUGGAUUGCAUAGUGACAGUUGUCAACUUCUUCCUUAAUAUCUCCAUGGUACAGAUAAUUAAAUAGAUGUUCUUCGUUUAGUUUAUAAUUCCACGUGUAUUUUGUAGCUAUGGUAACAUAGACGUAAAUUUUUAUUCUCAAAUAUUUGAAACAUUGUUUAGCGAACAACGUAUGGUUAUAAAUGAUUGGCAUUUAUAGUUAGUUAUUAUGAAUUGAAAUAAUUAUAUUAUUCUAAAAUAAAUUGCGUUGUUAUUUUAGAUCUAGAUAUUGUUGAAACUAACCGAGAUAGAAAUGUAGAAAGUAUUCGAAAAUUAACUCACAAAUUCAUUGAAA